GGGCUGCAGGCAGCAGUGGCGGCCGCCGGGGACCGCAAGGGCCGGAAGAAGGGAGGAGGCCGGCCCCGGCACACGGAGGAGCCGCCGAGCAUGCCCCGAGACAACAUGGCCUCCCUGAUCCAGCGGAUCGCCCGCCAGGCGUGCCUCACCUUCCGGGGCGGCGGGGGCGGCCGCGGCGCUUCCGACCGCGGCGCGACUGCUGGCCCCGAGGCGCCGGUGCCGCCCGGCUUCCCCGAGAACCUGAGCAAGCUGAAGAGCCUGCUGACCCAGGUCCGCGCCGAGGACCUCAACAUCGCCCCGCGCAAGGCCCCGCCGCAGCCGCUGCCGCCCAGCCUGCCGCCGGUCACCUACAUGCACAUCUACGAGACGCACGGCUUCAGCCUCGGCGUGUUCCUGCUCAAGAGCGGCACGUCCAUCCCGCUGCACGACCACCCGGGCAUGCACGGCAUGCUCAAGGUGCUCUACGGCACCGUCCGCAUCAGCUGCCUGGACAAGCUGGAGGCGGGCGGAGCGCAGCGCCCGCGGGCCCCGCCGCCCGAGCAGCAGUUCGAGCCGCCGCUGCAGCCGCGCGAGCGGGAGGCCGUGCGGCCCGGCAUCCUGCGCUCGCGGGCCGUGUACACCGAGGCCAGCGGCCCCUGCGUUCUCACCCCGCACCGGGACAACCUGCACCAGAUCGACGCUGUGGACGGGCCCGCCGCCUUCCUGGACAUCUUGGCCCCGCCCUACGACCCCGACGACGGCCGGGACUGCCACUAUUACCGGGUGCUGGAGCCUGUCAGGCCCAAGGAGGCCUCUGGCUCGGCCUGUGACCUGCCCCGAGAGGUGUGGCUCCUAGAGACCCCGCAGGCCGAUGACUUCUGGUGCGAGGGGGAGCCCUAUCCGGGUCCCAGGGUCUUCCCUUGAAGCCACGGGCGCUCGCUGUGGGCCGAAGACGUGCCCUGUGCCGAUCGGGGCCUGGCUGCUCGCUCCCCACCCACCACAAGGGCUCGGUCUCUCCGCACGCUCCCUCGCUGUCUGACCCCUGGCCUGGGCGUUGGAUCUACCAGAGUGACCGUCAGCAGCGUCCUCGGCAGUCGAGCGGGCUACUGGACAGCAGCCAUCGGGCACGGUUAAGGGGGCGGGGUGGGCGGGAGGCUAGGUUGUUUCCUGGUACUUUCACUGCCACCAGAGCUUUGAUUGCGGGAGUGGGGCAGGGGAUUCUGAAGCGCUUCCAUCCUAAAGCCAUAAUAAGAAUAUUCUUCCUGUUACCCGUUCGAUACAAAAUACACUAGUUUUGUACCCCAACCCCACUUGGUGCAUACGGUUUGUUUUCCACUCCUGCCCUCAUGACCUUUUGCUCUUCACAGUUAACUUAUUGACUGCAUGACCAAGUAGUUUGAAUUGGUUUUAGUUCAAGACAUUGGUUAAAACUACAUUUUCAAGAGAUGCACAACUUUUAAAGUGAGCUGUCGGGCAGCAGGUGCCCUGUGAAAAUUAAAUCAUCUUCUUAGCGUUCUGGGAUCACUCUCAAAACAUAACUAUGCAUGUGGAGGAUAAGAUUUAUUUUCUUUGCUCACUAACCACAUCUGGUUUACUCAGGCAGCCUCUACUAAAAAAUUCAGCACCUGCGUAUCUCAGUGAGAGCUGGUUCCUUAGAGUUUAUCUUCCCCGUGGAUCUCCACAUCUGUGAGUUGAGCAGAUUUUUUGUUGUAGAUUCGCCUUUAAUACAAAAACUAUAUUCUCCUCAAGUGACUGUUUUCUUAAUGUACCUUUUAAGAGGCGAUAGGGUAAUUCUGUGUUUUCUGACCAGAAUCAGAGGAGUCCAAUCUGUUCUGCUUCCAAACAACUGAAUGUAGAACACCCCUAGACAGCUGAUGAAUUCCAUGUUCCUAUUGACUUCCAAUAUCUUCCUAUAAAAGUAGAGGAAAACAGUACGUUGGUGACUGUGUCACAUUCUCCCAGGAACCAGAGGGCUGUGGUUUCUGCUGUUGCUCAUGGUGUUAUCCCUCGCCUUCAAAUGGUAGAGCAAGCACUUGCUUGGUCUGAUGUGUUUUGUAGGAAGAGGUAGAAGGCAGGGAUGGUCUAGGCUGGAGAGUUGGAAAUUAAAUGUACUUCUAGCCAUUUUAGCACACCAAAACUCGGGAUGAAACACUUCCCACUUCCAGCUCCUGAAAUAACAGUUAUCUGUAGAUUUAUUUGUCCCUUUAAUAAGCUGAGCAACUGUACCUUGUUUACAAAUGUAUUGGCACCAUUUGCUUCAGGCGUGGAGCACUGUUUCCCCCUUUUUACUAUUUAUAGUAUUACGUUUUUUCAGGAAGCUUUUCAUAAAAACAAGCAGCAGAGAUAAACACAUUGAGAUUUGCUGGGCUAUUGUCUAAGCCCUUUUGAUGGACUUGCACAUGUGGCAGUAGACUUUUGUCUGUAAUAAAGGAAAAUUUACUAUUAUUGUGGAAACUGUUUACUGCCCUUGAGGGAAACUAUUCCACUUGCCUCUAACAACACUAGGUUACAGAGACCCAGGGUGAAGGAGUGUUUCUUCCCAGUUCUUAAUAUGGAAAAGCAAAUUCUUUUUAAUAAAAGACACUUAUUCCAUGUGACAUGGCACUAGAAACCUGUUGGAAAACCUGACGUGGGCAUAAUACCAAGCAUUUCCUCCAGGGUUGCAAAAAUUAUUACUGUAGCUUCACAUUGUGGUGUGAUUUCAAAUGCCUUGGGGGCAGUAUGAAGCAGCUCUUCAUGCCACACAGUUUGAAAACAUUCUAGAUAUGCAAAUAAUUUUCUUAGAAAACUUCACAAAAUAAAAUGUUUGUGUUUUUUAUACUACAGUAAUGAAUGUGUGUAGUUAUCAGUGGGUCAUACACCUUUUAAAAUUGUAACAAAAAAUUAAUUUACAAAGACUGUUGAUAGUAUUAUGUAUGUCACAGUUAAUUCUGGAGUAUGUUAAACUAACCCUACAGAAACAUCCUGGAAAUAUGGCAGUAAUGAAGGAAGAAUUAUUGUGAAAGACUUCACUAUCCAAAAAAAGUGGUGAAAGUUCUCAGUUAUAAGCAAUUUGGAAGGAAAAAAUCGAGGUGCUUUUCAGAAGAGUGACUGAAGUUGUUCA